AGAACAUCCACCCGUCUUAACAUUAUACCUAGUCUCAUGUGUAUGGUGCUUGGAUGUAUCUGCCUCACAACUGCAAAUGCUGCCGGAAGCUCCCAUCUCAUCUUGAAACCAUAAUUGGGUCAAGGCGAAAAGGAGAAUUUUUGAUGAAAUGCGAGUGCGAAAGACGGCGCUGCCUUGCCAGCGUUUUCAUUACUGUGGCAGUUAAUUGUCGGUGAUUGAUUGAUUGGCUCGUCUAGGUUUGAUAACAUUGGGCGACAGAUGUACGCCCUUUGCUUUGACAUGUGGGACAUCCCCCUCCGACUAGGUACUGAAUCAACUUCUGGUCUCGUUUCAAACUGGCUUGAGAGUCGGUAUAAGAGAAAAUAAAAUUCAUGAACAGACAUUUUUUUCUACAUUUCGUUUUCCUUCUGCGCUUCUUUUCCAAUAGCGUGCAUAGCUACCUAAUUAGUCCAUCUAACCAACCCGAACGCGAAGAUGGUGCGAAUCGAACCCUUUCAUGUUGAGCAAUGGAUGGACAAGUACGAAACAAAGCUCAAUGUCCUCAACGUCAGCGAAACAUGUGUGGCUUCCCAAUCUAUCGAUGACUUGCUUGAAUUAUCAGAUGGCAAGUCUUCUAUAGGUUCUGUCUUUUCGACUUCCAAAAAGCUUACAUACGGUGCGAUCCUUGGUUCUGAGUCUCUACGUAGCUCGGUCGCGGGGUUUUACACUACAGAGACUGGAACUCAACUGUCCCCUGAAAACGUUUUGAUAACACCUGGGGCUAUUUUUGCCAACUUUCUCCUCUACUACACGCUUAUCGGGCCAGGGGAUCACGUUGUCUGCGUCUAUCCCACCUAUCAGCAGCUUUAUUCUGUUCCCCAGAGCCUUGGGGCAGAGGUUUCACUAUGGAAGUUGUCCAAGGAGAACAGCUACGUCCCCAACAUGGAAGAGCUGGCGGGCUUGGUUAGGACCAAUACCAAGAUGAUUGUCAUUAACAACCCCAACAAUCCAACGGGUGCCCCGAUCCCAAGAAGGAUCUUGGAGGAAAUUGUCCAGUUUGCCAGUAGUCGAAACAUAAUUGUGUUUUCAGAUGAGGUUUACCGACCACUCUUCCACAGCCUUGAGCAGCAUUCCGACCCACCGCCCUCGAUCCUGUCCAUGAGCUAUGACAAAGCCAUUGCCACAGGGUCCAUGUCCAAGGCCUGGUCGCUCGCCGGAGUGCGUGUGGGAUGGGUAGCUUGUUGUGACAAGAGCAUUAUCGACGCCAUGGCUACUGCGCGUGAUUACACAACAAUCAGCGUAUCGCAGCUCGAUGAUCAGCUCGCGAGCUUUGCCCUGUCCGAUUCAGUGAGACCGGCUCUGCUGGAUAGGAAUAUGACGUUGGCGCAUAGGAACCUCUGCCUGCUUGAGGAUUUUGUCAAGAAGCAUGAUAAUGUCUGUUCCUGGGUCAAACCUCGGGCUGGUACAACUGCGUUUAUUCAAUUCUUCAACCAGAGCAAGCCCGUGGAUGACGAGAAGUUCUGUAUCGAUGUCAUCAAUACCAUAAAUGUAAUGUUGGUUCCGGGAUCAAAGUGUUUUGGAAACGGUGGUGACGGCGAUUUCAAAGGCUUCAUUCGCCUGGGCUACGCCUGUGAGACUGAUGUUCUUGAAGAAGCGCUGAAGAGGCUAGAGGGUUAUAUUAAGCAAAACUUAAGCUAGGGAAAAGACUUUUGGUUGCUGCCAUAACUUCACCAAUUAAUUGUUACAGUACCGGUAAUAUGACGAGCGUCAAAACGGCUGAUUGCAUGAAGAUUAUGGACCGGUCAGACAGAGGGA